AUGUCGACUCUUCACAAGAAGCAGUCCGCCAUCCUUAGUGCGGGAGCGCCUCGCGUUGCUCCGCAAUCCCCCACCUCCAAGUCUGAUCAAGGAGGAGGUGUGCGCCUCGAUACAGGCAUUGGUAACCUUACUCUUGAGGACUCUCCCGAAUCUGCUAUGCAUCAGCAGAGCCCUGUCCGUAACGGUCAGAACUCACCCUCCUUCACGCAGGAAGUUUCAACCCCCGAUGAGCAGAAGGGUCCUGACUUCCAGGUCGGCAAGGUCUCCGAUGAUGGAGAUGUGUUCGAGUCUCCCGCUCGAUCCAGCGCGCAGCCUUCGGCAUCGGCUGCUCUAAACAUGCUCGGCUCAACUAUGCAGGGUGCCAUCCCUACUAUGCAGCCGAUACCCAUGCUACGUACUCGCCCCUCCGAUGUGGGUAACAGAGCCCAGGUUGGUGGUGUAGACGCCCAGGCUUUCUACCCAGCAACAGCCUGCGUGUUCGUUGCUAACCUUCCUGAAUUCGUCCGAGACUCACGUCUCGAGGUGGAAUUGACUCGAGCUUUCAGCAAGUUCGGUAUCGUUUUCGUGAAGAUCCGUCGUGAUCAACGAAACAUGCCAUUUGCUUUCUGCCAAUUCACCAAAGAUGAAGAUGCCCAUAAUGCGGUGACUCAGGGUCGUGGAAUCUUGAUUGAAGGCCGCCCUUGCCGUACCGAGAUGGUGAAGGCGAAUCGUAGCUUUGUCAUCUUUAAUGUCCUUGGAGAUGAGGUCACUUUGGAGGAUGCUCGCGUUCAUCUGAGCGGUUUUGGUCCUUUCAGCAAGUGCGAGGCACUUCAUCCUCAGAUCCAAGAAGCGAUGCGUAUCAAGGGUGGUGUGUUGGUUGAGUUUACCAACUUUGACCCUGGCAGAGAUGUCAUUUCUGCAUACCGUCAUCAUCCCCUCUACCGUGUUGUCGCUUAUGACCUGAAGAAAUCGAUGCAGGCUCCCAGAGCCGAUCCCGACGAAGUUUGGCUCCAGCGAUACGAGGUCGACCGUCGCUCUAUCUAUGUCGGCGGCCUUCCGGUGGAUGAUUUCGAUGUAGAACAACUUCUUACCAUGCUAGCUGGAGAAGUAGGCGAAGUCCAGAAGGUGCAGAUCGUCCAGAAGGACGGCCGAACUAGUCGUCAGGCUCCCAUCGCUUUCGGUUUUGUCGAGUAUUCCCGCCCCGAUAUGGUGGACCUUGCGGUGAAGCAUUUGAACGGAAGGGUUUUGCGUGGAUGUGUGCUUCGCGUAGAACGCAAAGCUAGCCGAGAGCCCCAGGGAGUUCGCCACUAUCAAUCCAGAACUGUGCUCUCCAAUGCCGCUGAAAGCCCGAUUCAUAGCGAGCAUCCUGAAAGCCAGAAAGAGCCCGUGGCUAACUCGCCCCCCGAACCUGCGACCCCGUCGCACACUGCUGCUGUGGAGACCACAGCACCUUCAUCCGCAUCCUCCCAGGUGCCUCGUAACAACCCUCCCCACGGCAUGAUGUCCUUUGCGGAGCAGAACUACUCAACUCCGUCAUCUUAUGGUGCACCUUCGUACCAGGCCAACCCUUCAGCUAGCACUGAGACCUUCCCGGCCACUCCCCAGGCCACUCCUGGUAUGCUGAGCCCUCUAGCCACGUACUAUCAACCUCCGUACUCUUGGAUGACCCCUUAUCUCCAAGAUCCCAAUUUCGCACCUUUCUAUUAUGGAAGUGGAUACUCGCCCUCUCCUAUGGGAGUCGCCCAAGGUGUCGCUGGUGUUGGACAUCGUAAUGAGGGUGACGAAGAUGCUACGACUCCUACCAAGCACAGCUCUGGAACUGUGCAACGACUUGGUGGCAGCCAAGCACAAUCUGAACAAUCUUGA